UGGGCAGUCUAGGUACACAAGGAAAUUCCCCGCGAAUUAAAAGAAGUCUUUGGAAUAUUCGAGUUACACAACGAUUAUCAAUUCGAACGAUAGCUGUCAAAUGACAUAUUAUUAGUUUUAUUUGUACAAGUGUGACAAACGGAGUAGCAAUUCACAACCACGAUGACGAGAACAACAACAAUGAUCCACAGACCCAACAGCAAAUGAAAGACCCCUUGGCAAGUUUAAAAUCAAUCGAGAAGGAAAUGGAAAAUUUGAAAAAGGACGCACAAAAUAAUCUCACAUCGAUAAUUAAUGAGCUCGAUGACUUGUGCGAAGGCAAACUCAAAGAUAUGUGGGACGAUUUGAAUCAAAAACGGCGAGCGUUUUACCAACUGAAGACCAAAACUAGCAAUGAGAAUUCAAAUUGUUCACUAUUGCUUACAAACUUGGGACAUUCAGUUACCGAAGUGGAGCGUAAUCUGAUGGAUUGUGUAAAUGAGCAAUCUGAAAAAGGCAAAAGAUACUUUGAAUACAUCGAGAACGUAAUCUCGACUGUGUUGAGACGAUUGGAAGACUCGAAAACGGCAGCUGGCCGAUGCAGCUCCGGAGACAACAUCGAGCGCUUUAAUACGUAUUUGCUAAACGGCAUGAAGGUUCCGAAGAUAUUAUGGCCCGAACUCUCCUCAUCGAUCAGUCAAUUUAAAGAUUUCCGGCGGUCGCUGCCAGCCUAUUUGACGUCUUGUACUUUCGUCAAGAAUGAAGCCUACCGAUUGGACUUGUCCACCUACGUUGAUGCUCGCUGCCCCGUAGGGAUACCUGACGUUCAAUGAGAAACGUAUUGAGAUAUCUAAGAAACUCCUUUUAGAGAAGAAAUGAAAAAAAAAUCAGCUGCCUUGCGUCAAAAUGAAAUGAUUUCCUACUUUAAUGAAAUAUCAUCGAACACGCGCGUUUAUCGACAUCUGUCACUUGGCUCUAGUCUCUGCUUAUGAUGUGAAUUUUAUUUCCUGUUCAUCGCGUUAUCCGUGUUUGCCCGAUACCAAUAAUAUUAAGUCUCUGUCGUCAUUCGGUAUGACAUUUUCAAAAUAUUGCCAAUCCAUUUAUUUCAGAAGAAUACCAUUUCAAUGUUUCUCUACUUAUAGUUUCAUUUGAUUAGCCCGUAGACACGACACUGGUGCAAAUUUGUACCGGCGAAAAUUUCAAAAGUGCAAAAUUCCUUUCCUCAAUUUGUCCAUUUUUCUAUAAUGUAACUUGAUUUUUCAAUUUUUUUAUAUGAUUGUAAGAUUAGUUCCGUACAUUCAUGGAUGAAAUAAAAAGUUUCGUGGUGAGUGUGUAAUCUCAAAACCGACUUCUCUCAAAAUUUCAACACAAAUAUCCCAUGAAUGAAAGUGUCAGAUUGGAGAUAUAAAAUAACAGUGAAGAUAUAAAAUAACAUAAAAAAUAUAGAAUAUUUUAGAAAUGAUCUGUGGGAGCUAUUUCUGAAUAGUUUAAUAAAUCCAAUUGUAGUGUGAUACGUCAAUUCAUUAAUAAUAACAGAACAAAAACACGACUGCAGGACAAAAUUAUUGUAAAAUCAUUGACGUUACUCCAACCGGAAGUUAUCGAUUAUUCAAUCCAAAAUUGGUGAAGCGAAGCCAUUGACAAUUAAUUGUUGAAUGGAUAAUCCGAUAAAUUAAAAUUCAUUCGCUCCUCGCUUCGUGAGAUAUUUUCAACGCGAACGCAACUUCUUAUAAUGACCGAAGUUAUUCAACCUCUGUGAGUUAUGUCCGUCAAUAACUACACGGCGGGAUACGGCACA